AUGCGCCGCUCUAGUCUGAGUUAUGCGCCCGGCCCGCUCUGGCCUAAGCGCCUUAUUAGCCUGAGUUAUGCGCCGCUCUGGCCUAAGCGCCUUAUUAGCCUGAGUUAUGCGCCGCUCUGGCCUAAGCGCCGCUCUAGUCUGAGUUAUGCGCCGCUCUGGCCUAAGCGCCUUAUUAGCCUGAGUUAUGCGCCGCUCUGGCCUAAGCGCCGCUCUAGUCUGAGUUAUGCGCCGCUCUGGCCUAAGCGCCGCUCUAGUCUGAGUUAUGCGCCGCUCUGGCCUAAGCGCCUUAUUAGCCUGAGUUAUGCGCCGCUCUGA